CGCCGCCCCGAGAGGACCCGGAGGAGGCAGGUGGCUUUCUAGAAGAUGACCAUAGAGGACCUGCCAGAUUUUCCAGUGGAAGGAAAUCCUUUGUUUGGAAGAUACCCAUUUUUAUUUUCAGGUUCUGAUACCCCUGUUAUCUUUUCCAUUUCUGCAGCUCCAAUGCCUUCAGACUGUGAAUUCUCUUUCUUUGAUCCCAAUGAUGCAUCAUGCCAGGAAAUUCUGUUUGAUCCCAAAACUUCAGUCUCAGAAUUAUUUGCCAUUUUAAGACAGUGGGUUCCUCAGGUCCAGCAAAACAUUGACCUUAUUGGAAACGAGAUUCUUAAGAGAGGUUGCAACGUGAAUGAUAGAGAUGGAUUGACAGACAUGACCCUUUUACACUACACCUGCAAGUCUGGAGCCCAUGGUAUUGGUGAUAUUGAGACUGCUGUAAAAUUUGCAACUCAACUUAUUGAUCUGGGAGCAGAUGUUAGUUUGCGGAGUCGCUGGACAAAUAUGAAUGCUUUGCAUUAUGCUGCUUAUUUUGAUGUCCCAGAACUCAUAAGAGUAAUAUUGAAAACAUCAAAACCAAAAGGCAAGUAUUAUAAGAUCACCAUUAGAUGUUAUAAAUUGAACACUUUAGUAGUGGCAUAAAAAUUGUAAUUCAAGGAGAUUUGUGCUAAUAAUCCAUCUUAUUUCAUAUGCCUUUUGGAAAUUUUCUCUCAUAUUUGUUUGUAGAACGACAAAGGGCAGAUCCCUGCUGAUGUCGUCCCAGACCCAGUAGACAUGCCGCUAGAAAUGGCCGACGCCGCGGCAACUGCCAAGGAAAUUAAGCAGAUGCUACUCGAUGCCGCGCCUCUGUCCUGCAGCAUCUCAAAGGCCAUGCUUGCAAGUUAUGAGCACAUGACUAGCAAGGCAAUGCUGACAUCUCUCGGCCUCAAGUUGGGGGAUCGUGUUGUGAUCGCAGGACAAAAGGUUGGGACAUUAAGAUUUUGUGGAACAACUGAAUUUGCAAAUGGGCAGUGGGCUGGCAUUGAAUUAGAUGAACCAGAAGGAAAAAACAAUGGAAGUGUUGGAAAAGUCCAAUAUUUUAAGUGCGCCCCCAAAUAUGGUAUUUUUGCACCUCUUUCAAAGAUAAGUAAAGCAAAAGAUCGAAGAAAGAAUGUAGUACACACCCCUGCUGCAAAAGCUGCCGUACCUCUCAGUAGGUCCCAGAAAGUUGAUGUAGCUCAUGUAACGUCAAAAGUCAACACUGGACAAGUGACAUCAAAAAGAGAUAGUGCUUCUGAAUCCACACUUUCAUUGCCUCCUGGUGAAGAGUUGAAAACUGUGACAGAAAAAGAUGUUACCCUGCUGGGAUCUGUCAGCACCUCCUCUUCUCUGUCUUCUCUGGAACACAAACAGAGCAACCCCAAGAAACCGAACGCAAGCAGCAAUAGCAAGAAGACAGUGAGCAAAAGCUCUUCUCUGUCCCCCAGAGCCAGUGCUGGCUUGAAUUCCUCAGCACCAUCUGUAGCAAGUAAUACCCGCUGUGAAGGAGAACUCCAGCUUGGAGAUCGAGUGCUGGUGGUAGGCCAGAGAAUUGGUACCAUUAAGUUCUUUGGGACGACAAACUUUGCUCCAGGAUAUUGGUAUGGUAUAGAGCUUGAAAAACCCCAUGGCAAGAAUGAUGGUUCGGUUGGCGGUGUGCAGUAUUUUAGUUGUUCUCCAAGAUAUGGAAUAUUUGCUCCCCCAUCCAGGGUGCAAAGAUUAACAGAUUCCCUGGAUACUCUUUCAGAAAUUUCUUCAAAUAAACAGAAUCAUUCUUAUCCUGGCUUCAGGAGAAGUUUCAGCACAACUUCUGCGUCUUCCCAAAAAGAGAUUAACAGAAGAAAUGCUUUUGCCAAAUCCAAAGCUGCUUUGCGUCGCAGCUGGAGCAGCACUCCCACCGCAGGCGGCUCUGAAGGGGGCGUGAAGCUGCACGAGGGCUCCCAGGUCCUGCUCACGAGCUCUAAUGAGAUGGGUACUGUUAGGUACGUGGGCCCCACUGACUUUGCCUCAGGUAUCUGGCUUGGACUUGAGCUCCGAAGCGCCAAGGGGAAAAAUGAUGGAGCAGUGGGCGAUAAACGCUAUUUCACCUGCAAGCCAAACCACGGGGUGUUAGUGAGACCGAGCAGAGUGACCUACCGGGGAAUUAACGGGUCAAAGCUUGUGGAUGAGAAUUGCUGAGUCAAACUCCUAAAAUACCGAAUGAGCUCAAA